AUGAAGCAUAUGCAUUUCGACAUUUCGUGUAGCAUAGAUACGCACGCCGUCUUCCAGAUGAUGGCUCUUCCCAUUCCCAAUUGGUCGAUAUCUGCUGGCCUCGGAGCUCUCGGCGUCGUCGUUUCCAUCUUUGCUCUCAUAUGGACAAGACAUAGAGCGGUUGAUGAUCGAAUCCGGCUUACCGGUGGUGCGCGGGCGCCGGUAUUGGCUCGCAACUUGAUUUCGGCAACCAGACUGUACGUCGGCAUUGCCAAGCAUCAGUAUAACAACCGCCUUGUCGACUGGUGCAUCGAAACGCUGGACCGGACAGGGCAUCAUUACGCCGAAUUCAGCCUGACUGGCAGCAAGAGAGUCAUCCUGACGAGAGAACCCGAGCAAAUCAGAAGCAUCCUGGCCACAAACUUCAAGAACUUCGGCCACGGCCCCCAGUGGCAUCGGCUGUGGCGCCCGUUUCUCGGCAACGGCAUCUUUGCCACGGAUGGCCAGCGGUGGCACCGGAGCCGAAGCAUCAUCAGACCCAUGUUUGUCAAGGCCAGGUUGAGGAACAUGGCCAUUUUUGACAACUGCACCAACAAGCUGCUGUCGGUGUUGCCGCCUUCGGGAACCACCGUGAACAUGAAGGAUUAUUUUUACAGAUGGGCCUUGGACACCACGACCGAGUUUCUCCUGGGAGAAAACGUAAACAGUCUAAGCAGUCCAGAUCACGAAGUUGCAGAGGCCAUGGCAGUUGCCCAGAGGAUCCAAAUGUACAUAUUUGUUCUAAACCCAGUUGCGCCGUUGAUACCAAAGGGGGACUAUUACCGCGCAAUCAGACGGAUUGAGGAAUUCAUCGAGCCGGUGAUCCAGAGGACCAUCGCAUCGCCGCCGCCGCCGCCGCAGCAGCAAGUCAAAGAGUCUUCUUGUCAGGCUGGCGCGCAGUGCUCUCUGCUCCACAGCAUCGCUCAAGUGUCGCGAGACCCAAAGGUCAUCCGCGACGAGAUCAUGUCUGUUCUUCUCGCAGGGAGGGACACUACAGCGGCCACGCUGUCCUGGGCCAUGUACGAACUGUCUCACGCACCGGGCCCCUGGGCACGACUGCGAUCCGAGGUUCUGCGCGAGCUGGGGCCCCGAGGCAUGCCCACAUACGAGACGUUGAAAAACAUGAAGCACGUCAAGAACAUUCUCAACGAAACCCUGCGGCUCCACCCCGCGAUCCCCAUCAACAUGCGUCAAGCGCUGGAAGACACCACCAUCCCCGGAGCCCCGGGUCAGCCCGACGUCGUUCUUCUCAAGGGAGACACGGUGACCAUCAACACCAUGGGGAUGCACGCCAGGAAGGACCUCUACCCCCAGGUGUCGCGGACCUUUGCCGAUCCCGCCGUCUUCACUCCCGAUCGCUGGGAUCACUGGUCUCCAGCCCCGUGGACCUAUCUACCCUUCCACGGGGGGCCCAGGACCUGCCUCGGCCAGAACUUUGCUCUCACCGAGAUGGCCUUCUGCUUGGCUCGGCUUGCUCAGCGCUUCGAGAGGCUGGAGUACAGGGGGGACUGGCAUGCCCAGACACUUCGGGCAGACAUCAUCGGGACCCCAGCGCUCGAUGUUCCUAUAGCCUUUUUUGAAGCUUAG